UUUUGUCAGUCUGGAAAUCCGAAUGGAUGCCGGUAGCCGUCUUAAGACCUCGGUUUUGGAUACAAGUGGGAGUCUUGGUUCGCAGACUGCAAGCCGACAACGUUCGAGAACGACAGACCCUGCGUCUCUUCUCUGUGCGCACUCUCGACGGCUUUCUGUGAGCAGAUUCCGUCCUCCGAGCCAACAAUGUAUACGGUACCCUUAAAUCUCACGAUGUGCGCCUUCCACCCCCCUUCCCGGAUGGAUUGUGCCGGUUGGACUCUGAUGUGGUGUUCGCAAAAGCACAGCUCGCCAAACGUUAUUAGCGCAAACAUUCAUUUAUUUACAACAGACCGGAAAUUCGAGCGGGUACGAAGAUCUCCUCCACGGGCCCGGGACAGCGACCCUACAUGUUUCGGCUGCGGAAUCAGAGUCGUCGCAAGGCCAAUUCUACACACACGCGACACACCAGCACAUUGGACACGGGAUAAACAGUCCACUGCUCCUUUCCUACCGUGCAGACGUUGGCCAUCCUCCAGGGCUGAAAGGAGGGGAGACGACCGGUCGAGACCUCUCCGACCCUUGAAACCUUAUUAUUAUGGUUAUAAUCGUUUGCGCAUUGUCAUCAAUGUUCGGAUGUGGACCCCUUCUCCCGGUCAAUGGUUCCUCCCAAUGCAGAUCCUCGGGUCUAGACGCGCGCCCUGAAUGUUUGCGGAAGUAGUCUGCACGAGAAAUGUUGAUCGAAAGGUAACUCUCCGAUAAAUCUCCAGUGCCAAUCGGAAUGGUGAAAUUGCGACGUUCUGGUCAAUUACAAAUUUUCCGGCAUCAACACGGCGGCAAUCGCGAGGAAGCUUCAUGAUGGAUUUUCAUUGCGAUUUGCGUGCAUAAUGACUCGAGCGGAC